CACUGCAGAGGAAGUUCACAUUUGACCGUCGUUCUGUUUUCGUACCUAAUUCUGUAUUUUGUGUGCUGUUUUUGAGUGGUUAGAGUUUGCGAAUGCGAAUCAGUCAGCUUAUUGUGCCCAGCUAAGUAAUGAAUAUUUUGAGGGGGUGGUUUGCGGUGUUGGCCACGUUAUGUUUGCACAGGCAAUAAUAGCACAUCACAAGACAAACAGUUACUUGGGAUAUGUCUACGAAUGGGUCACGAGUUACUUUCGAGGGGAAAUGUAACAAAGUAUCACGUCAGGUGAGUCACUGAUGGUCGUAGAGCAGACGUCUGACGGCUUGCAGUGUCUUACUAGGAGACUUUCACCAAUUUCUGAAAGAUAUAUCUGCAAAGAUGUCCUUUGAGGAAACGAAGUCGCGAUUAGAAACUGCGGGGCAGGCUCAUAUUUUGCAGUUUUGGUCGGAACUAUCUUUUGACGAGAGACAUGCCUUUCUGACCGAGCUGUCCCAGCUUGAACCUGAGGAAUUGAAGGAGCAUUGUCGACGUGCUGCCGAUUGUGCCAACAGCCAAUCGACCUCACAGGAUCGGCUUGACCAAAGGAUGGAACCGGUGCCACCAGAAUUUAUUGGCAGUGUGCGGAAAACCGAUGAAAAAUCAUUGAUUGCAUGGGAGGAUGAAGGGUUUUUGCAGAUUUCCAAGAGCAAAGUGGCAGUUUUACUCUUGGCUGGAGGCCAAGGAACGAGGCUGGGUGUACCUUAUCCUAAGGGAAUGUACAGUGUCGGGCUGCCCAGUGGGAAAACCUUGUACCAAAUUCAGGCAGAAAGGAUCCAAAAAGUUCAACAACUGGCUGAACAAAAACACGGUUCAAAGUGCACCGUACCAUGGUACAUCAUGACUAGCGAGUUCACUUUGGAGCCCACAGAGAGGUUCUUCAAAGAAAACCAUUUCUUUGGACUGAACCCGUCUGAUGUCUUCAUGUUUGAGCAGAGGAUGAUUCCAGCCGUCACCUUUGAUGGAAAGGUCAUCCUAGAAAAGAAGAGUAAGAUUGCCACGGCCCCAGAUGGUAAUGGAGGGCUGUAUCAGGCUCUUGUGGACAACAAAGUCUUGGAGGACAUGGAGAAGAGAGGGGUGCAGUACCUCCACGUUUACUGUGUAGACAACAUCCUAGUGAAAAUGGCCGACCCUGUUUUCAUUGGCUUCUGUGUGCAAAAAGAUGCAGAUUGUGGUGCUAAGGUGGUGGAGAAGGCCUACCCAGCAGAGCCUGUAGGGGUGGUGUGUCGGGUGGACGGGGUGUACCAGGUCGUGGAGUACAGUGAGAUCCAGCCUGAGACGGCAGAGCUGAGGGGACCAGGAGGUGAACUGCUCUACAGUGCUGGAAAUAUCUGCAACCAUUUCUUCACACGGGAUUUCCUAAAGGACAUAACAGAGAACUUUCGGGGACAGCUGAAGCAACAUGUAGCUCUGAAGAAAGUGCCAUUUGUUGAUAAAGAGGGCAACCAGGUCAAGCCAACCAAACCCAAUGGAAUCAAAAUGGAGAAAUUUGUCUUUGACGUCUUCCAGUUCUCAAGGAAAUUUGUGGCGUUCGAGGUCCUGAGAGAGGAGGAGUUCUCUCCCCUGAAGAAUGCUGACGGGGCGCCUCUGGACACUCCGACCACGGCGAGGCGCUCUCUCUUGGCUCAGCACUACCGCUGGGCUCUUGCAGCCGGGGCCAGCUUUGAGAACAGCAGUGGAGAACCCAUUCCUCCCAAACACAGUUUGGCUCGUGAUGAGGAUCCGCCUGCCGUGUGUGAGAUCUCGCCGCUAGUCUCCUACUUUGGUGAGGGUCUCGAGUCCGUGUUGAAACAGAAAGCCAUAAGAUCUCCUCUUACUCUCGAUGGGAAGAUGACCUGAAGAACCCCUCAUGUUCAGCGAUGAAUGACAUCGAAACCAGAUACACCAGACCAGAUACAGAAAUGAUGUAUAGGCUAUCUGAGGCAUGCCCUUAUAAACCAAUUUAAAUGGCGGUCUUUGUUUACAUAAGAGGUUGAUGUUCUUUAGUGUACUGUAUUCCUUUUCACAUAUUAGGGCUAUGUUCCAGCCAGCCUAUUUUACUGCCUCUGUUUUAUACAUUUUUAUUUGAACUUGAGUGGCUGCACAUAAUGCCACAUUAUAGUGGUUAUAGGCUACAUCUUGUACAAGUAGCCAAAUCUUGAAUUAAAACCUCA